AACACAUUAAUCUACGAUGAAGCAUGUUAGCAAUUCAUUAACACAUUCGCGACCAAUCCCUACGACACACCAAGGAACUAUCGCAGCCACAUAUCUAUCCAAUCCAACAACAAAAUAACCUCGGCUCACCCACGCACCUACAGGUCCCCAAAAUACGCACAAGGCAUCAACCGUGCAAGUGACUCCAACCGGAUUGCUCAUACUCCUCAUUCGCAUCGACUAUCACAAUCACCGAUCCCAUGCAUAAAACCAAUACCCUCUUCACAUAAACAUCUACCGAUGCAUUCCCUAAAACAUGAUCCACAUUUAUUUAUUUAAACUUAGUCUUCGCAUCAGACGAGACAUCAUAUAUUUUCCUAUCAAAAUAUAAAAACACCGGAGUUCUUUUCUACUUCAUAUUCCUCUCUACACGCUUCCAUUCAUACCAAUGUAUUUUCGCACACAUAAUCACACAUGCACAUCAUCGACCAAAACCUAAUUAGACUAACUACAAAUCGCACACAUCAAAUAUCCUCUUGUUCUCUAAUCGCAAACGCGAUCCUACCAAUGCGCAUAAUCGAAUGCUUUACACGUAUCCACACAUAUACAUGCACUGCCUGACAUCAACCAAAUCAUACAUAAUGUAAACUAUAAAUCAAUAAACCUGAACGGGAUCGGAUUUGAGUUGUGCAAGCACGUGGUGCACCCGAUCGGUCUUGUAUCGAACACGCGUGCGCGACGAAUGGCAUUGACGGCUAGCUGCGAUUAGACACACACUACCGUUCAACAGUUUUACCGAGCACAAAAAAAAUAAAAAUAUAAUAGCAGCAAUGGCAGCGAGGGUUUUCUCACCACGGGUUUUGACGACGGCGCGCAGGCGCUGCGCAAAUCGGGUCAAUGCAAGCGAUACGGACGGGAUCUCAUGGCUGCUGCUCGCUGCGCCAUUUUGUCGAGCACGACAAGGGCGCGAUGCGGAGGGAACCCAUGUGGCUGCGUGAACUGGGGUCGCGGUUGCUGCGCGAGGUCGACGGCGUGCUGUUCACUGCGCUUAUAAAACAGCGAGCCCGCAGAGCGCGGAGACGCCGGGGCUGCUGCAAGAAAUCGAUGACGCGUGGCUUGCUGCGCAGGGAAUCAUGGCGGCAUGGCUGCUGUCCGAGCAGGGAAACAAGGGCGCCGGUGAUCUGCUGUUCUGUGAGUGCUGGAGCUUGGGAGAGGGAGAGCAGAGGCGCUGUGCGGGGAAGAAGGGCACUGUUGCUGGGCGGCCAUGGAGCAGGAAAGUGGAGGUCGGCCAAUGGGACUUCAACCGUGGGGCGCUCGGCUGCUGGGCUGCUCGCCGUGGACAGCAGAGGGAGGCGCCAUGGUUGGAGCAGAGGUACCCGCGCCCAAGGAGAAGCCUCUGCGCGAAGGGGAAUAGCAGGGAAAAAGGAAGCUUGGCCAUGGCGCUAGAGGUACAAGAAAGGGUGGGAGGAGGCGAGCCAAUAUGGGAGCAGGGAGGGAGCUCGUCCAUGGGUGAUGGUGGGCUCGCCUGCCCGAGCUGGGGGGCCGGUCCGGCCAAAGAAGAGCAGGGGCGAGAGAAGCUCGUCCGCGCCCUAGACAGCCGAGGGAACGACCUGCUGGCUGGAGGAAGAAGAAGGGGGAGCCGACUGGAAUUUUCUGGGCGCCAUGGCUGGCCGACGGGGAGGAGCUCCUGCGCGCUGGCUGCUGCGUGUGGGAGAAGAAGGCAGGGAAAGGAAGUGGCGGCUAGGAAAAAUGCAGGGGUGGGAGUGAAAAAAUGGCCAAGUGCAAGGGAGAGGGAUCCGUAUUUAUAGAGAAACCGUAGGGUUAGGGUUUCAAUUGGGCCAAAUGGGCUAGAAUGGGCUUGGCCCAAAGCACUCAAACGGGCUGCGCUAAUUUAUUUUCCGGAAUAAAAAUGUUCCUCCAGAUUUCGUCUGUACACAAAACAGAGCGAACUAGAGUUCGGACGAACGGACGAUUGAGCGAUUAAUUCGGCCGAGAGUCUGAUUUGAACUUUGCUCGGAAA